AUGUAUCUUCGACGGUUGCUGGUGUUUCUUGGUUUUCUGUUGGCGGCUUCGUUGCUUUUCCUUGCAAUUCUUCCACAGAAGCAACGAUUCAUGAACGCCAUAGGCAACGCUGUUAGAUACCAAGAUUCCCCUCUUCUCAACAGCAUUCACACAGCAUGGGUGAGAGAAUACUACGCGAGACAGGCACCUGAACGAAUAGCUCUCCUUAAUAACAUGCGCAAUCCCCUGAACUUUGCUAGCAUCUACAAUGUAAUUGUUCCUGAGGCACGGUGCCCAGAUCUUGUUAGGGUGGGGAGAGUGAGUGAUGGUGGAAAAUACGUGUGCAAUCCAAAAGCGUUCCCCACAGGAAACUGCAGCAUUUAUUCAUUUGGAUUGAACAACGAAGUGUCGUUCGACGUUGAAAUUCAACAAAUGACUGGAUGCCAACUCUAUGGCUACGAUUCUGUAAGUUCCCAACGCCGCCCAUACAACGCCAUCUAUGAGACUGGAGAAGCACUGUGCCUCGGAAAAUGUGACAGUAGAGGGGUCGGCAGCGUUCUCUUCAACACGAGUUUGGCCAUGAACAUCAAUUCAUUCGAACAACCAACAACUCAAAUAGAGCGUGUACGACUGAAAAGGCGUGGAUCAAUACCGGUUUUGAUUAUCAUCUUCUUCGUCUGCGCGUCGACAUCGAGCUAUGACGAAGAAGAAGUCGAAGCGUUCUAUAUGGACUUGGAGAAGUUCUACAGAGUCUCCAUGUAUCCUUCAAGGUCAUUAUCGGAGAUUUUAACCCUAAGACUGGACCCGGAGGAACGUCUGAAAAACGUCACAUUGGGACCCACGGUUUAG